AUGGCACCUAUUCAGAUCCAGUGGCAGAAGCUGGUACUAAAUCCGCUCGUCAAACUACAAGACGAGGGGCUCAUCAAGCCUAUUGUCUUCGUUCUUGGUGCCUUAGAUGAAUGUGAUGAACAAGGCCGUGGAGAGAUCUUUCGUCUGUUACUGGCAACAUGCCCGAGGAUACUGAGCGUCUUUCUCACAAGCAGACCAGAGCUUGAUAUCAUGGGUCACUUUGCCAACGAACCGCUUCACAGAGAAAUCGUGCUUCAUAAGCUCCAGGUUGGAACUAUAGAAACCGACUUCCGUGUCUACCUCCGCCAGGCGAUGGAGGGUUCCGUGGUGGAAUACAAUCGCACUCAUAGCCAGAAGCAUAUGCAGUUAUCUUCGAAUUGGCCUGGAGAGGAACGAUUCGAGUUUACUGUUUCACAAAGCUCUACCACUAUUCAUCGCAGCUGCGACUUUUGUGCACAUGAUCUAGUCAAUUCUGCAUAUGAGGCUCUGUACAAGCCUGCCUUGAGCCUCAUCUUAAGCGGUGCGCCUGAUGAAGACAAGGACGAUGUUAGACAGAGCUUUUUGGAUAUCAUUGGCUCUCUUGUCUUGCUCGCUAGUCCUCUGUCCAUAAUCUCACUGGCUAGACUUCUGGGCGUUGAUGCGUGGUCCAUAUCCAGCCAGGUCAACCCCCUACGUUCCGUGAUCGAUGUUCCUGAAGACGAUAGCCCUCUCCAGCUCUUUCAUCUUUCGUUCAGAGAUUACAUCCUGAGUAAAUCUGCUGGUGAUCUACAAGUGAGCGAAAUUGAGACCCAGGCCAGACUGGCAAGCAGAUGUCUGGGCCUUUUGCGAGGAACAUUGAAGGUUGAUAUCUGUGGACUCUUGUCUCCUGGAAAGGGUCUAUCAGACAUUGAACCAUCUGCAAUCGAAGGGCAUGUAUCCACGGAGAUCCAGUAUGCAUGUAUGUAUUGGGUUCAUCAUGUCAAAUCAGCUGGUUGGCGUAUUCAUGACGACGAUGAUACGCAUAUAUUUCUUCAAAGUUUCUUUACGAACUGGCUGGAGGUCUUAUGUCUCCUCAGAAGGCUUGACGAUUCCCUCCGGGUGCUCCAAGACCUGCAGAGUAUUGUCGACGAGACUUCUGGAGCACGAUUACUGAAUUUCAUCCAAGAUGCAAUACAAUUCGUUCGCUAUUUCCGCGCAGGCAUCGAAGAAACUCCUCUCCAGAUAUACCAUUCCGGAUCCAUCUUCAGCCCCAAAGAAAGCAUUGCUCCCGUUCCACUUAAAGAUCGUCAUUACCCAGACUAUAUCACGAAGCCUUUCAAUGCAGAUUCCAACUGGCUACAGAGUCAAACCCUUUAA